UCUUCUGGGGCACUCGGUCGCUCACCCACCAGCACAGAUUGCACCGGUUAAGCAAGGCUUUCAGCUGCCUCCUCACAUCUCUCUCUCUCUCUCGCUCGCUCGCUCUCUCUUUCACUUUUGUUCCUGCUUGUCCCUUGGAGACAAUCUCAAGCUAGCAGCAGCCCAGAAAGCUGCAGAGGCGUCAGACCAGCUGGGGACGGUGGCUCCUGCAGCCUGCGCUGCCCAGCCUACCUUGCCACUGGAAAGAACAGGACAAAAUCAUGCCCAUGGAUGCCAGCAUACAGAAACCGCUCCUGGGAGCACCCGACUCAGCCUAUCAGACCUUCCCGCAGAGGAAUGCCCACCAGCUGGACCGGGAAUACAUCAGAACCCUUCAAAACAAGCGGCUCUUUCUAGCAGUUUUCGCUGCCGUCCUGGGGAACUUCAAUUUUGGGUACGCGCUGGUUUACACGUCCCCUGUGAUCCCUGCCUUGGAAACAUCCAACAUUCCCGCCUUGAAAAUUACCCGGGUGGAGCAAUCCUGGUUUGGGUCCGUGUUCACGCUGGGCGCCGCCGCCGGGGGUCUCAGCGCCAUGCUCCUGAAUGACCGCCUGGGUCGGAAGCUGAGCAUCAUGUUCUCAGCCGUCCCUUCUGCUGUCGGAUACGCCUUCAUGGGCAGUGCCCAGGGAGUCUGGAUGCUGCUGCUGGGGCGACUGCUGACGGGCUACGCAGGUGGCGUGACAGCGGCAUCCAUACCGGUCUAUAUCUCCGAGAUCUCCCACCCUGGGGUCAGAGGAGUUUUGGGCGCCUGCCCUCAGAUCAUGGCUGUCCUUGGCUCCCUCAUCCUCUAUGCCCUGGGCCUGAAGCUCUCCUGGCGCUGGCUGGCCGUGGCUGGGGAAGUGCCAGUUCUCACUAUGAUCAUCCUGCUCUGCUUCAUGCCCAACUCGCCCCGUUUUCUCAUCUCGAAGGGGAAGGACGAUGAGGCAGUCAGGGUGCUGCGCUGGCUCCGGGGCCAGAACACGGAUUUCCACCGGGAAUUUGAGCAAAUCAAAGAAAGCGUGAGGCAACAGAGCAGACGGAUUUCCUGCGCGGAGAUCAAGGACCCAUUCAUUUACAAACCAAUCCUGAUCGCGGUGCUAAUGAGGUUCCUGCAGCAGCUCUCGGGUGUCACCCCCAUCCUGGUGUAUUUGCAGUCGAUAUUUCAGAGCACAGCUGUGAUCUUGAAGCCGGAGUACGAUGCAGCUAUCGUAGGGGGAGUUCGCUUGGCGUCUGUGCUCAUUGCCGCUUUCUCUAUGGACAAAGCUGGGAGGAAAAUUCUUCUCUUCGUAUCGGCUGGGAUCAUGCUUGCCUCAAACCUGAUCCUAGGGCUCUACAUCCACUACACGUCGCUGCCUUCUCACAACUCUACCACGACCAUCGUUAACGGGACCCUACUGAGCCCAGAAAGCCUUACUGCAAAGCCCUCCGGCUACAUCACCCUCAUCCCCCUGGUGGCUACCAUGCUCUUUAUAAUGGGUUAUGCCAUGGGCUGGGGUCCCAUCACCUGGUUGCUGAUGUCAGAGAUCCUCCCUCUGAAGGCCCGUGGGGUGGCAUCAGGCCUCUGUGUCCUCGUGAGCUGGCUCACGGCCUUUGCGCUGACCAGAUUCUUCCUGCUGGUAGUGUAUUUUGCUAAUCCCCUCUUUCAAUGGCUCUUGGCUCCCAAGUCACACGGGCAAUUUGUCCUAUUUUCCAGCAAGACUUCGGCCUUGAAGUCCCGUUCCUGUUCUUUGCUGUCAUCUGCGCAGGGAACCUCCUCUUCACGGGUUGCUGCGUCCCAGAGACCAAAGGCCGAUCCCUGGAGCAAAUCGAAUCCUACUUCAGGACUGGGCGGAGAUCCUUUAUGAGGAACCAUAUAUGAGAAUCCUUAGGAGCACCACCCUUCAGCUGAGCUUUCAAAACAAAAUCUGACAUGCAAGGGGACAAGAAAAAUUUUGUGCUGCUAGAGGCAGAACCUGGCAUUUUCUCUGUACUGAUAAGGCCUACAUACACCGUGCAUGCAGGCUCGUUGGUGACUGUCUAAUUUUGGAUGGAACCAUUGUCUUUGAGAAUCACACACUAGAAUUUCACCUUCUUUUCAUGAGUCACGCAACACUAUUCUAAGGAACCACUGGUCUCUGGACAGAAUUUUAACAACCUGGAAUUUCUAUCUGUGCUACUAAUUUUAACCUAGAUAGCAAUACCAGCUCCAACAUUGUACUGGAGGUAAAGAGGGCUCCUUAAAGUCAAACAAACGUAGUCUGUGGACCAGAGAAAACCAGCCGUUUCUUAACACAGCCUGUAAGAGCAAAGCAGCCCAGGGGAAGCAGGGGUUGAAUCAAGACCUUACAUUGCUGGCCACUGCCCAGGGUGGGUUGGCAAAGGCCCUUUGUGCAAUUGCAACAAUAAAGUGGUUUUAACUCCCA